AUGAAAGGAGCUGGAUGCAACCUCUUGAGGCGAGACUGGUUCGCGCUUCUCAAUAUCCAGGUCCACGGAAUCAACCAGAUGGAACAUCCAACCGAUGAUAUCAAGGAAGUCAUCUCACGACACCCAGAUGUGUUCAGAGAGGACAUUAGCAGCUACACAGGCCCCUUGAUUUACCUAGAAUUGGAAGAAGACGCAAGCCUCAAAUUUUGUAAGGCUCGUCUGUUGCCUGUUGACCUGCAGCAGCCUAUGGAAGAUGAACUUGAUCGCCUGCGACAUCACGGCAUCCUCUCAUCGAUACAGCAUUCCAACUGCGCGACACCGCUGGUGCUCGUUCGGAAAAGUGGUGGAACAUUGCGUGCGUGUGGUGACUACAGGAGCACUGUUAACGCAGCGGCGAAGAAGGCUUCCUACCUUCUUCUAACCACAGCAGAGGGGUUCGCAAAUUUGUGCGGCGGAACCCUCUUCUCGAUGUUGCAUUUGCACCAAGCCUACCAGCAGCUAAAUGUCGACGACGAAACAGCAGCGCUCCUCAUAGUGAACACGACCAAGGGACUGUUCAAAGUGAAUCGGCUCCCGUACGGAGUAUCCGCCGUACCUGCCAUCUUCCAGCAUAUGUUGGAGGUAACGCUAGCCGGAAUACCGGGGUUAUAG